AUGUCGAACACUACCUACUCGUCUUUGGACGAGACAAGACGCAUCUUAGACUUUGUUCUCUCUCACGUCUCUCUACCCCUCGACGCCGAGCACAUCCGCAAAAAUGUCACCUUCACCGCGGCCCGCAAUUACCCUUACUUCCCAAUUCCCUUCAAAGAAAUGGAAGUUACGGCGGCCCUGAAGGCCAUCGAGGGCAGCCUUGGUGCAGCGCUUGCAGACCUAAGAAAGCCAUCUGAAGAGACACGACACGUGACUGUGAACCUGGAGAAAACAACAGCCUUCCUCUUCCAGGCCUACUUGGCCACGGUCGGCGGACUCGGAAAGCUUGAUCCUCAAGUCAAGACUCUAUUGAAAGACACCGAUCUCCUGCAAGCCCAAUCAAACCCAUAUCGACGCAUGUCGGCAAACUUAUACGAGACGAAGCGCCCAGGGGAGUAUUACCAUAUUCACGGAUCGCUUGAGGCCUCGACAACGUUGCAGAUGCUUGGACUCGAACCAUUUAGGCCGGAUCUAGUGGACCACAAUGCCAUUGUCGACACGAUUGAGUCCAAGGUGAAGCUACAUACAAUCGAAGAGCUUGAAGAAUUGAACCUCCAAAACCGCCAGGCUGGUAUUCCGGCUUUAAAACAUGAGGAAUUUCUCCGCACCCAACAUGGUAAAACAAAUAUAAAUCUUCCGCCUUGGAGUGUUGAUAAUAUCGAAGCUACAACGCCCCCCUUUGCGAUGCCUAAGUUGGGCGACAACCGCCGCCCACUAGCGGGCAUUAAAGUUUUGGAGCUUUGCCGAAUUAUCGCUGGCCCCGUCAUGGGAAGAAUUCUUGCCGAGUAUGGCGCCGAUGUUCUGAAGAUUACAAGCCCCAACCUGAGCGACGUGCCAUUUUUCCAGGUCGAUGGAAACAUGGGAAAGCAUGCUGCGGAGCUGGACCUGAAAUCGCCUGCUGGGAGAGAAAUCUUUGAGGCAUUAAUUGAGGACGCCGAUGUUAUACUUGACGGGUAUCGUCCUGGCGCUCUUGCGAAACUGGGGUACAGCCCGGAAUCCUUCGCCGAAAGGGCUCAAAAACGUGGAAAGGGGUUUGUCUACGUAAAUGAGAAUUGCUUUGGUUAUGAGGGCGAGUGGGCUCAGAGACCCGGAUGGCAACAGAUCGCCGACUGUGUCACUGGUGUCGCUUGGGAACAGGGCCGAUUCAUGGGGCUAAACGAGCCGGUCGUACCUCCAUUCCCAAUCUCAGACUAUGGCACGGGUUGCAUGGGUGCGAUUGCCGCGUUAACUGGUCUAUAUCAUCGAGCAACCCGCGGCGGGUCCUGGCAUGGAAAGGCUUCCCUCAUGCAUUAUGAUCUCCUUCUUUUCAAGGUUGGUCAGUAUCCCGAGGCGGUGCAGUCCACGCUGCGGGAAACCGCGGGGAAGGAGCUCCUGCUCCUCCGGCAUAGCCACAGUGUCGACCAAAUUUCCGGGACGGCUCUGCGACAAAUGAGAAAAAUCUUCCCGGAUCUCUUCAACAUGCACAAGGUUGGUGAGGAAUGGUAUUCGGAUGCCUACAAGGCGAACGUUGCAGUUGUUAGUCCUGUCGUUCAGAUCGAUGGCGUCAAGCUUGGUUUCUCCAGGGCCAGCCGGCCCAACGGGACAGACAAGCCGACAUGGGAUUUUAGUUAUGAUAAAGAUUCGCUGAAGAAUGGUGUGACGAACGGAGCUUAG